GAAACACAAAAGGUAAGAAAAACAUAAUAUUCAAUCGACACAUAAUUGAACAAGCACAAGAAUUAAUUGAUCGGUUGCCUUUUUAAUGGGAAACCACUUCCUCCUUUGAUUUAGUAGAUAGAUUAGUUUAUAAUGUAGUUUUGAACAGACUCUUGAACUUGCUGAGCCAAAUCAAAGUGAUAGCCUGCGAUUAGAUAACGGAGUGAACUUCGCUCACGGUGGGAGGGACAGAGGGUCCACUGCUAUGAGAAGCGAAGAGGUCAGCAAUCUCACCCAUACUGCAGAGGGGAGAGCAGCCUGAACUGAGCAUCGCACGUCAGAACAGGCGGAAUACUGCACCUCGCACUUCAAAGGGAAACCUGCUAACAUCUCAGGGAUGCUGUGAUUGGUGCAUUAGGAGUGUGAGGUCACUGUGGAUGCUCUGGAUUGGACAGGCCAUGCUGUGGACCGGGUGCCUCUGCCUCCUGAUGGUGUCUCUUUGCGGGGGGGCCCCGCUGAAGGGGGCCACCAGGUCCCGCAACAAGCUGCUGCUCAUCUCCUUCGACGGAUUCCGGUGGGACUACGACCGAGACGUGGACACCCCCAACCUGGACGCCAUGGCGCGGGACGGCGUGAAGGCGGCCUACGUGACUCCGCCCUUCAUCACCAUCACCAGCCCCACGCACUUCACCUUGCUCACAGGGCGAUACGUAGAGAACCACGGCGUGAUCCACAACAUGUGGUUCAACACCAGCAGCCAGGAGAAGAAGCCGUACUACAUGACCCAGUUUGUGAAUGAGUGGUGGGACAACGGCAGCCUCCCCAUCUGGAUCACUGCUCAGAGACAGGGUCUGAAGGCCGGCUCCCUGCACUUCCCCGGCACCGCCUCCAGCUACGAGGGCGAGCGGGCGCUGGUGGCCGAGGUGGAGCCGCGGUUCUACAACUACGCCAACGAGACGGCCUGGCGGGAGAACGUGGACAAGGUGAUGGGGGCGUGGUUCGGCGGGCGGGACCUGGACUUCGUGUCCAUGUACUUCGGGGAGCCGGACGCCACGGGGCACCGGCACGGGCCCGACUCGCCACAGCGGCGCGCCAUGGUGCGCCAGGUGGACCGCACCGUGGGCUACAUCCGCGACGCCGCCCGCCGCCACGGCCUGGCCGAGCGCCUGGACGUCAUCAUCACCGCCGACCACGGCAUGCGGGCCGUGCUGCGAGACGGCCUGGUGCAGGAGAUCAUCCUGUCCCGCAUCCCCGGCUUCUCCUUCCAGGACCUGUCCUUCCACCUGGUGGACUUCGGGCCCGUGGGCAUGCUGCUGCCCAAGGAGGGCCGGCUGGAGAAGGUGUACAGCGCCCUGCAGGGGGGGCACCCCCACCUGCACGUCUACAAGCGGGAGGACAUGCCCAGCCGCCUCCACUACGCCAAAAACGCCCGCAUCCUGCCCCUCCUCCUCAUCGCCGACCCCGGAUACGUCAUCAACGGGUUUGCCACCCUGCAGUUCAACAAGGGCGAGCACGGGUUCGACAACGAGGACAUGGACAUGAAGCCCUUCUUUCGGGCCGUGGGGCCGUCCUUCCGCCGGAACCUGGAGGUGGGGCCCUUUGAGACGGUCAACGUGUACCCACUCAUGUGCCACCUGCUGGGCAUCCAGCCCGAGCCCAACGACGGAACCCUGGACGCCACCCGCCACAUGCUGGCAUCCUACCAGCCCCCCACCAGCCCACCUGCAGGCGCAGGGGAGAGCACCUUCCUGCCCAGCGUGGUCACGGGACUGCUCGCUGUGCUCGGGUUUCUGGCCAUCGUGUUCCUGGCGACGGUGUCUCACUCGGCCUGCCGGAGGAGGAGAGCCAGUCAGAGCGUGCAGCAAAAAAAGAUGGCCUUUGAAGAAAAAGAACCGGACACAAAACAGACAGCCAUGUGAAGGACAGGGGAACGGGCAGAUUCUCAGAAGGACAUCCCAAAAUGAGCCGGAGGAUUUCACAGCGAGCGGCAACACGAACAUCCCAUAAACCUCACGAACACCUCCUGACCUCGCCACUACUGCCCUUUGCCUUUUCAGACACUCUUUACCCAAGAGGGUCAUUUUAUGCUUCAUUAUGUUGUAUUCUUAUUCAGUUUAGACAUACAUGUUGCUGGAGAUUCCUACUAUGAGAAAUUAGUAUUUGUAAGAAUUUAGAAAAUCUAAUUAUUACAAAGCAUUUAAAUUAGGUUCAGGGAGAUGGCUCUUUUAA